AUGCAUCAGUACAAAAUCUCCGACUUUAUUGCUCGUGGUGGUUUCGGGGAAAUUCACGAGGUCGAAGGUUAUGGACAACGAGCAGUGAUAAAACGACUUCGACAGGAUGGCCGAAUUGCUAUUCAGUCUUUUGAGACAGAAUGCGAUGCUGUACGCACAAAGUUUACACAUAGGAAUAUUGUCAAAUAUCUGGAAGUGGUCCCCCACGAAUUUGCGAUUAUCAUGGAGUAUUGUGAACGGGGAAAUCUCAACAGCUUAAUCCUCAACCCCAGAAUAAUUUAUUCGAUGUGCUCGGUCGUUUAUUGGGCAAAGCAAAUCUUUGGUGCUUUGACGUAUCUAUUCAAGAAACAUCAUUUCGUCCAUCGUGAUCUCAAGCCAGCCAACAUUUUCGUCAGCAAAGGUUACAUGUUGAAGCUGGGAGACUUUGGCUCAAUGAGAAGAAAUAUCGAAUACACGUGUAGUGGAACUUAUGAUAUUGGAACCGAACGCUAUAUGAGCCCUUUGCAAACAGAGAUGACACCAGGGGGGCGCGAGAAAUGGCUUGACAAUCAGGUAUCACAUCGAAAUGAUGUGUACAGUCUUGGACUGGUUCUUUGGGAAAUAAUCGAACGAAGGAUUGUCUUUUGGGAAUAUUCGAACUAUGAACGCUUUAAUCGAAAUGAAUUUCAAAAUGCCAUUUUACGGAAACAAUUGAAAGAGCUCGUUCCACCAGUAUGCCAGCCGGAUCUUCAAGAUAUCGUGAAAAAGUGCACGACUUUUUCGCGUUCAAAUCGACUUGAAGCAUCGAUUGUUUGCAAAAAGUUGAAGGAAUUCGCCAAAUGUUGCAAAAUCAUCGACAAAUUGAAGCAUCUACCAGAAGAAAGAAAUCAAGGCUACCUAACACGGCCGAAAGGUUUUGAUGGAAACUAUGAAUUACAAGCAAUCCAUGAAGGAGAAGCAAGUCAAAUUGAAGGCUUUAAUUUCGAUGUUUUGAAUCUGAGAAGUUCCAUGAAACCACAAGAUGUGAAACAAAAUACCCAAAAAAACGUGGAAAUCGGAAACGAAAAUGGAGAAGAGUUGUUCAAUGAAGAGAUGGGUCCGCAAGAGACAAUUGAGUCGAAUAUUGAAAAUGAUCCAUUUCUCACAAUCAGUCGAAGUGAGUUAUUGAAGACGUUUCCUAUCUUUUUCCUUUUCACCGGUCUAACUUGCUCAACAUGCUUUUUGCUCGCACACACUAUCCGACAAGAAGUUCCU